AUGACUGACCCAACGACACAAGAUUCCUUUCCCGUCCCGGAUCCCACAAUCGUGGAUCCUUCAGCUGUAAGAAACGGCGGAUGCGCUCCGGAGGCGAACCUAUCCAAAAGACCGAGUCAGGGCGAUCCUUUCAGUAUGGACCGGGACCAAGAGAUGAAAAUCACGGACAGUGUUGAGGGACAAGGCCUGCUGGAAAGCAGCAUGCGACUAAAGCCCCACGAGGCUCAAAACUACAGGAAGAAGGCAUUGUGGGUGUCUUGGAUCUCCAUCGUGGUGACACUCAUCCUGGCAGUGGCAGCGUUCACUGUUUCAUUCAUGAGACACAGCGCAUCAGCAUUUGGAUUUGCAUUUGACGCCACGUUGGACGUGCUAUCUUCAAUUAUCGUGCUGUGGCGCUAUAGCAAUGCCGCAGCUGUCCACUCCGCCCAUAGGGAGUACAUAGCGUGCGUGGUCCUUGGGGUGGUCUUCAUCUUGUCCUCCCUGUGUAUUCUAGGAAAAGCAAUCCAUGACCUGGCCACCAAGCUGCUUCCAGAAGUGGAUGACUUCCUCUUCAGUGUGUCUAUUGUCAGUGGGAUUGUAUGUAUCAUCCUGGCUGUGUUCAAGUUCCUGCUGGGGAGAGUGCUGACCAGUAGAGCCCUCAUCACUGACGCUUUUAACUCCAUGGUGGGGGGCAUCAUGGGUUUCUCCAUCCUCAUCAGUGCUGAGGUGUUCAGACACCACCCUGACGUCUGGUACCUGGACGGAUCCAUCGGCGUCAUCAUCGGACUCAUCAUCCUCGCUUACGGUGUCAAACUGCUGCUGGACAUGGUACCCCGUGUGAGACAGACCAGGAACUACGAACGCUUUGAGUGA